AUGAUUGAUGCUGAGAAGAACCACUACAUCAACUCUCUAGUGGCACCAGUUCCUCGUGCCUGCACUAAGUUGAUGACUCAGCUGGAUAAUAAGAACAAGUUUGCAGCUGUUCCUCUGGUCACCACUCCUCAUAUGCUACAGAUGUUCAAUACUCCUCAGCAGCCAUAUCAGCUUCAAGUGGCUCCUCCUCCACAACAGCCGCAACAACCUCAGCCCCUGCAGAUUCAACAACCUCAACAACAACUAUCACCUCAACAAUCUCAGGAAGAACAAUCACCACUCCAAUCAUCUAACCAAUCAUCACAUCACUCCCCUCUUCAUCAGCAACAACCUGAUUUGUCAUUUGAAGAUGAAACACUAGAAUACGACUUCUUCGAGAAUCAACCGUCUUCAUCUGAACCACUACCACCCCAAACACACCCCCAAAUCAUACCACAAACACAAUCAACCUCACAGCAUCUUCAUUCUGACUCUCCUGUCAACCAGGAGCUGCAGUCCUUUCACCAGGAUCUACAGGUAGCUCAGGUACUUUCUAACUUCUCAUCUAAUUUUAAUGUUGAUACGUCGGAUUAUGUUUGCAACCUUGAUUUUGCUUACCAGCAUGCCAGCAAUGAACCUGACAACACACACGUUCAUAACCAAGCUGAUGAUUCAUUUCAACCUACUCUUGAUUCUCCAAAUACUUCAACCAACACUUCGAUGCAACCUGUUCGUAAAGUUGCCAGGAAACGCAGUGGAAGUAGGUUACUGGGUCAACCCGCAGCUCUGUCACCCUCUAAGAAGCAAAGGGUGGAAGCCGUGGAGACAACUGCAGCCUCGUCUUUGCCUUCCCAACAAGGUUUUGAUUUUGAACAGGCAAUUAAACUGUCUAGCACUCAUGCUAGUGCCAGAUCAAACAGAUUCACAGGUUACUAUGUUUACUGA